UUUUUAAUUAUCUGAAGUGUCGUAUACACAUACAGUAGAAGCUCUAUAAGCGGAAACUGAAGGGGGUGGUCGUGUGAGGAGAUUUUCCGCUUUUAGAAUGGCUUUUCAAUAUGAAUGAAGUUGAAGGGGGUGGUCAUGUUUGAAGCUUUUGCUCUCAUAGAGCUUCCGCUUAUAGCGCGUCGACUGUAACUUCAUUUACUCCACUUGUAUUUAAUUUGUAAUC